GAUUUAGAUUUAUUUAUUUCCGUCCAACAAAAGAGACAAAAUAUAAUCGAAGUAACAGUACAUAUUCAAAAUAAUACAAACAGUUCAAUGCCAUUUGAUAACAAAAUAAUUUUGAAGAUAAAUUCAUUGAAGAGGGACUAUUUUGUUGUUUAUAUUGAAACAUAUUAUAUGUAAAUAUUGUUAAAUUGUCAUAUUCUGCCAAAUAAAGUUAUCCUUCAAAAUAUGACCUUUGCUAACGUUUCCGUACUUUUUCCUUGUCUUGUCGCUAUACAUGUAGCUAUAUUGUAUAUAAGCCUCACAGUAAUGUAAUAAUAUAUUACUGAACUUUUGCAAAAUGGAAAACCAUGAAAAGUGACUAAAAACUGACCAUUUGCGCGAUUUGGGCUCCCUAGUCAAACUCGACUGUAAGUCCCGUAGGUCUAAUCGAUUAAAUACUUUUUAAAGAGAUGUCAGAAUAAAGCAUCAAUAGUUAAAUCGAAAUGCAAAUAAAUCGAAAGCGCAAGGAGAAGAAAAUCAAUCGUUUGAAUUCGAAGAUACGUUGAGUUGGGUUUGUGGUCUUGAUAUUUUCACAUAUGAUCUAUGCUUCUUCAAAAUGGCGACAACAGCUUUGUGGUGUAUACUUGGAAUUCUCUUCUUCGUCCUGUUCGAUAAAUCAGCUGAACAGUGCGUUGGACCCGAGGGUCUCCCAGGACCAGAAGGAGAUGAAGGAUCGCAGGGAUCAGGAACAAAUGAUAACUGGUAUGACGUCAUGAAUGCUAACCGGAACUGGAGACAGUGCACAUUCACUUCAGCAAGUGGAAGUGAUAGUGGAACCAUCUAUACAUGUGGUUUCACCAAGAACUCGGCAACCUCUGCUCUCUACGUUGCGUUCAGUGGAACGACGAGGCUCUACGGAUGUCAUGGAUGCUGCUGUCGGUGGUAUUUGACGUUUAACGGAGCUGAAUGUAGUUCACCUCAAGUCAUUGACGGGACCGUUUACAUGGCUCAUUACAGCGGUGCUGAUCUUCAUCGACAUCGUACGAUAUCGGGAAUCUGUGAAAACAUAGCUGCAGGUUCAAUAACAGUCGGUCUCAAUGUUGGUGCUUGCAGUGGGUAUGGAUACUUUGACUGUUACACAGGAUGGAAUGCCGUUUCAAGGAUAAUCAUAGAGGAAUUACCAGCAUCUCCAUAUUCCUAAAUUACAACCUGGAUCAACUUUACGACAAUAAUGAAAAAGGACGUAAUUUCCGCUCUUGUAAACCAAUUUUAAGCAGGAAACAAUGGAGCAAUUAUUUUGAGAGGGAAUGACUUUUUGAUUUGUCCAUUAUUUGAAGAUAAUAUGCGAGAAAGCGAAAGAGACCGAAUGAAGAAAUCAAUGAUUUGUAAUAGUUAAUUUUGUAAUUUAUUUUUUUUUGUCUAAAUCAAAACACGUUAAAAGAAAAUAUAUGAAAGUUAAGAGGUCAGAAAGAAAGAUAGAAUGAUUUGACAAACAUAAACAGCCUAAGCUAUUUUUCAUGGGGUGGGGGUACACGCCAGUAUAUAGUUCCAUGAGAUUUAGGAAUCUGGGG